AAUGACCACCUGCAAAGUCUUCUGCACAUGUGGAAACAGAAACUCGAAGCAUCUCAGAAGGACAAGAAUGCACUUCAAGCAACCAUUUCCCAAGUACAGAACUCGGCCAGACAAUUGAGAGAGAAUUUGGUGAAGGAAAAGACAGCCAUGGACAGGCAAAAUUCUAAGCUGCAGAAGGAGAUGUCAGCUUUGAGAUCAGAGCUUGAUACCCGCGACGAGAUAAUCCGCAAGUCCCAGAGGAUGUUGAGCGAUGUACAGAGUGACAUCAAGAAUCUUCAUAAGCAUAUUAAGGAGGAACAGGAGAAAUACCACAAACUGCAAGAGUGCAAUCAGAAGCUAGAUGAUGAACUGAAGAAAGAACGAAGAGAUCAUGACAACUUACAGAAGGAGAUAGCAAAACUCGAGAAAGUUCAGGGUCAGAUGAAGGAGGAGAAUUCGGAGCUUGAGCUGAUUAUUAGCAGCCAUGAGAAGACCCUGACUGAGAAGGAGAGUCAGCUGGAAGAAAUGACAAGGAAAUUCAGAGAGUUGAAGCGCAUUCAAGACAUGAUUCACAACAUAUCUGCUGGAAAACUGGUGUAGAGUUUUCAGAAGGGUUCAAAUAGAUGAAUGAUGGGGAGUAGGUCAAUGUAUAGUUUAAAGAAAAAAAAAUUGUCAGAUUCUCCUGCUCAUAAGCCAAGUUUUUGUUGCAAAAAUCUAAUUGAUUACAAAUGUAUAUUAAAUAACCAGUAUAAAGUAUGAAAAUACUGUUCAUAAUACCAAGAAAUGGAACACAUCUUUCAACCAGUGUUUUUAUAAAGCAUAUUUUUUAUGAGAUCCCAUUUUGUAAGUGGUAGAUAUAUCUUCCAUAUCCACAUUGCUAUUCUUGAUAUUCUGUCUAUUCUUAAAAUUAAAAGAAUAAAAUCUCAUA